AUGCAGGUUUUGGCGGGCAAAACAAGAAAAGAUGAAGUGUGCAGCAUUCGGUCUAAAUUCCCCAACAAAUUACCUGUGAUUGUUGAACGUUACAUCCGUGAACAGACUCUUCCCCUGUUGGACAAAUCUAAGUUCCUGGUUCCCUUUGAGCUCACGUUGGGUCAGUUCCUGUGCCUGCUCAGGAAUAAGAUUGCAUUGGACUCCACACAGGCUCUGUUCCUCCUGGUGGCAGAGAAGAGCAUGUCCUGCAUGUCCUCCAGCAUGGGGGAGGUGUAUUCUCGCCACAGAGACACCGACGGCUUCCUCUACAUCACCUACGCCUCGCAGGAGAUACUUCCACCCGAGGGGACUUCACCGUCAGCCUGGGCAAGACCGCCGCACCGCCUCCAUCACAGCUGGUCUCUGCAAGCCACCCCAAGCAACAAACAAACAAACAUGGCUCCUUUUGAGAAAUCCAUGGAGAUGAUGCCCUUCAAGCAAAGGAAAUGCCUCGAAACAAGAAAAGAUGAAGUGUGCAGCAUUCGGUCUAAAUUCCCCAACAAAUUACCUGUGAUUGUUGAACGUUACAUCCGUGAACAGACUCUUCCCCUGUUGGACAAAUCUAAGUUCCUGGUUCCCUUUGAGCUCACGUUGGGUCAGUUCCUGUGCCUGCUCAGGAAUAAGAUUGCAUUGGACUCCACACAGGCUCUGUUCCUCCUGGUGGCAGAGAAGAGCAUGUCCUGCAUGUCCUCCAGCAUGGGGGAGGUGUAUUCUCGCCACAGAGACACCGACGGCUUCCUCUACAUCACCUACGCCUCGCAGGAGAUGUUCGGAGCACCUCAACCAGCAGCUAGACCGCCCUGCUGAGCCUGAAGCAGAUAAAAAUGAACUGGACCAAUGGUGGUGACACCACACAACCAAACUGGAGGAAAAAAAGGAGAGACUGAGCCGAGCUGAGACUGUUUUUAUCACGUCUUUUUUUAGCCCCAAACUGCAUUAUCAGCCUACCUCACGAACAUUGCUAGACUUCCCUUUUCAUGCUCUGCCACCUGACAAGACUCAACCUGACAAUGUCUAUGUUUUAGACUUUAUAUAUAUAUAUACAUAGAUUAUAUUAUAUUUAAUUUAGGAAACAAUCAAGAAGAUGACAGACUCUGAGUGUUGUGAUCCUUCUCUGCUACUCCAAAAUCUUAAAGACAGUUUGAAAAUGAUGAUAUUGUUUGACUGUUAAUGUCUUAACAGGUCAGAAAUGUCCAUAUUCAGUUACCUCAGAGAUGUAAAUGUGAUGUUCACAGUGCUGUAAUGCCAGUUCAGUGUUAAACCACCACCUCCUCCUUCACGCUGCACAAACGGGGUCAAUAUCUCGCUGGUAAUCAGACUCCAACUUAGCACUUAUCUCCCCUUCCUCCUCUCCUUCCUUUGAUAGAUCGCCUCUUCAUCCUCGUCUUCCCUUUUAAAAUGUGAAACUGCGCUCUGGACUUUGAGGCACUCGCUGAAGAUACAGAUGUCAGUGAUGCUAAAGCUGCUCUGAUUUGUUCUGUAUUCAGCUGUCUGUAUUCAAAAGAAAUAAAUUCUUGUCCUUUUAA